CCAAAAGCAAGCCAUCACUUUUACCUCUCCUGUACCAAUCAUACCUUUGUUUUCACAACUCUACUCACUCAUUUUCUCACUUCACACUGCUAACACAUUCAUCUCAAAUUUCAAAUUCACAACAAUGGCCACAUCCACCACAAUCACCACAACAAUAGCCACCACAUUUCUCAUUCUCUCACUAUUCUCCAAAGCACAAGAGUCACCACCAGCACCAUCAGCUCCAGCACCAAGUCCUGGAGUAGAUUGCUUGGGAGUAUUAGUAAACAUGUCUGAUUGUUUAACAUUUGUAGAAAGAGGAAGUAAUUUGAGUAAACCUGAUAGAGGAUGUUGCCCUGAAAUUGCUGGAUUGUUAGAUAGUAACCCUAUUUGUUUGUGUCAUAUGCUUGGUAGAGCUCAAUCUGGUGCUAAAAUUGGGUUUAAUAUUGAUGUUGAUAAGGCACUUAAACUACCUUCUGCUUGUAAGUUGCAGUUUCCACCAGCUAGCACUUGCUCAGAUCUCGGCGUCCCAGUCGGAGCUCCAUUAGCAAGUGAGGAGGGUCCUGCUCCAUCACCUGGAGGAUUUGCAACGUCUAAUCUUACAUCUGACAACAAAGAUAAUACAGCUUCAAUCAUUUCAUUCUCCAAGAUUCAAUUUGUUGUUGGCAUGGCCAUUAUGUUUUUCACCAGCCUUUUCUGAUUCAAAUACAAUUCUUGGUAGAUAUUACAACUUAAAUCAUAAGAGAGAGACCCAUAAAUAUUUAAGUAUUUAUUCUGUAAUUUUCUUUGUAUCUUUUCCACAUUCAAAUCAGCAUGGACUAUGGAUAGAGGAAUUUAUGUCACUUGUUAUGGUUUGAGAAA